UCAGGUGGCCAAAGUAUUGGAGUUUCAGCUUAACAUGAGUCCUUCAGUUCUGACCUCAUUUGAUCCUAAUUACCUCCCAAUGGCCCACCUCCUAAAACCAUCUCAUUGGAGAUGAGGGUUUCAAUACAUGAAUUUUGGGAUGACACAAAUAUUCAGCUCAUAUCACCAAAUACAGUCAUAUUGGCAGGUAUGGCUUCAACAUAUGAAUUUGGAGGAGCCAUGAUUCAGUACAUAACAGAUAUUAAGGUUCUAAGGGUAUGGAAUUCCAUUAGAAGCUCUGCAAAUAAUUUAAAAUUAUCAUCUGCCUGAAUUACUUGUUUAGGAUUAAGUUCUAUUUAGCUGAAGGCAAAAGACUGGUUUAAUAUUUUCCAGAAUUCCAAGUAUUUGUAUAACAUCAUUCGCUGUCAUAUCCUUAUAUAUGAAACCAUUUAAAUUUCAAGAUAAAAUUUCAUUAUGACACACACUUCUCCCAAGAAAAAUUCUUGGGGACAAUUUUGGGGGUUUCCAGGUAAACUAUUACUAGUACAAAGUAUUUUUAAUGAACUAUUUCCCCCAUUUUUUUGCUGUAAAGUUAUUUAUUCUAGUCUUUUGAACUGCAAAGACAUAGCAGCCCCCUGCCCCAAAGUCCCAUUUACACAUAAUGAACAUUCCACAAUCAAGAAGCAUAUUGGGCCUUCCCCAUUGGUCCAGUGGUUGAGACUUCACCUUGCAAUGCAGGGGGUACAAGUUCCAUCCUUAGUCAAGGACCAAAACACAAAGCAGAAGCAAUGUAGUGGUAGAUUCUAUAAAGACUUUAAAAAAAAUGGUCCAUAUUAAGAACAAAAACAAACGCAAACAUGCUAAAAGUAGGGGGUCUUCCAAAUAAAUACUCCAGUAUUCUUAGAGUUGUUAAUUUCUAAAUGAAACUAGAGAUACUUGUGGCUACUUUAGAAACUGAUGUAUAGAAUACACUUGAAGUCUAUUUUUGAUAGAUGUGAUAUUGGGGAAUUCCAUAGAGUAAAAAUAUAGGGUGUUUUCACUUUACUGUAAAAUAUGAGCUUUUGAUAUCAAAGAGGAAGAUAUGCAUCCAACUGCACUAACCUCUUUAUAGAGAAUUUAAAAAAAUCAAUCACUCCAACAAACAAAAACUACAAUGACUUAGUAAUAUUCUUCAUGAACGGUAACUGUAAAUAAAGGCUGAAGUAUUCAAAGAAAAGGAACUCAGAAUCUUUCAUGCAUUAACUAUUCUAGGCAAGGCAAUGAAGAAGCAAUGUUAGUUUGAGAUGGUUCAAAAUAUACCUUACCAAGUCAAAUUAUGAUGUCAUCAUUUUAGUUACCUAAUUUAGGAAUGUUUGAUUCUAAGAGAAAGCUGGAAACUAACUGGAAUUGUCUCUAGCCAUACCACAAGAUCUUUCAAAAUAAUCUCUUCCUUCUGAUCUUUCGAAGAGGAUCAAACACAAGCUCCCUAGUGAGAUGGAGGAGGCUUUUUCAAGAUCUGGUCUCUCUGUCCAGCACCCUUAUUGGAGGAAAUAGUGGAGCUGCCACUACAUAUUACUGGAGCGAGGAGGACAUGUAUCGUGCAGCGGAUGAAAUAGAAAAGGAGAAAGAAUUACUUAUACAUGAAAGAGGGUCAUCAGAACCUAGAUUAAGUGUAGCUCCUGAAAUGGAUAUCAUGGACUACUGCAAAAAAGAAUGGAGGGGAAAUACGCAAAAAGCAACAUGUAUGAAAAAGGGCUAUGAGGAGGUGUCCCAGAAAUUCACCUCCAUCAGGCGAGUCCGCGGAGAUAACUACUGUGCGCUGAGGGCCACGCUGUUCCAGGCCAUGAGCCAGCCGACGGCGCUGCCCUCCUGGCUGCAGGACCCAGAGCUCACGCUGUUACCAGAAAAACUCAUAAGCAAAUACAGCUGGAUCAAGCAGUGGAAGCUGGGACUGAAAUUUGAGGGGAAGAGCAAGGACCUGGUGGAUAAAAUUAAGGAGUCCCUCGCUUUACUGAGGAAGAAGUGGGCAAGCCUGGCUGAACUGAGAACUGCAGAAGCAAGGCAGAUGGCUUGUGAUGAACUGUUCACAAAUGAAGAAGAGGAGUACAGCCUCUAUGAAGCUGUAAAAUUCCUAAUGCUGAACAGAGCCAUUGAACUCUAUGACGAUAAAGAGAAGGGAAAGGAAGUGCCGUUUUUCUCUGUGCUUCUCUUUGCUCGGGAUACAUCCAGUGACCCUGGUCAGCUGCUGCGGAACCAUCUGAACCAGGUGGGGCACACUGGCGGCCUGGAACAGGUCGAGAUGUUCCUCCUGGCCUACGCCGUGCACCACACCAUCCGGGUUUACCGGCUCUCCAAGUACGGCACCGAGGAGUUCAUCACGGUCUACCCCACCGACCCCCCCGGGGACUGGCCGGUGGUGACCCUGAUCGCCGAGGACGACCGGCACUACAACGUCCCCGUCCGGGUGUGCGAGGAGACCAGCCUGUGAGCCGCGCGUGGCCGAGGGGCGCAGGCAGCCCCUCGCCAGGGCCUCGGGCCUGCAGGUCCCUGAGCCCGACCUUUGAGGACGCCUGGGCCCAGUUAGCCUCGCCAGACUGGAAUGUUCUGGGGACUAGCUUUGGCAAAUCAGAAGUAACUGCGAUUUUUUCCCCCUCAUCUAUGAUGCAGUAUGUUUCCGUGGGGAUCUUCAGUGCACACCUGUUACAAGGUGCAAACUACACUUCCUCCAUAAAACACACAGUUUUAGAGGAGUCGCGUGCUGGACAGAAAAGUGUCCAAAGCGCUCUCUCAUAGUAAACUGGCUUUCAAUUCUUUUUUUUAAGGUGGUAAUUUUUGUUCUGGUGGUCACAGCGUCUGCAGUGCCCUUUCUCUACAACUAUGCAAUCAGUUCACAUGGUAGAAGUCGGGGGCAGAGCCUGCCAACAGCCCAGCAUCCCUGCUAGUCUCACCCAGCAGUGGUUUGAAUUCACAUGUUAAUUAAAGCUGUUAUAAGCCGAGUGUCUAAUAGAGGAAUCAGAACUGGGUCCAAAAGUGAGCUGCUUAAAGGCUAGAGAAGGGGCUGCAGGAGGAAGGCAGCAGCCCCAGGACAUUGUUGCUCUGCCAGGAUGUGCCAGGCGCCUGUGGUCGCGGACACCCCGGCUCGGGAGCCUGGUGCGGGGGUGGGUGAUCGGCAGGAGAGCCCCUGGGAUCAGGGGCUGUUCCUUCAUCUGCAGUUCCACAGAUUCACUAUCAUCUAGUCAGAGUCAAGCUUAGACCCAUGUGCAUUUUUAUAGGAAACCAAGGCCAAUUGAUGAGUUUCUGGAGAGUGCUUCCAUUGCCAGGUUCCUGUUUCACAUCUGUUGGAGGGGACCAGUAGCAGCAGAGGGUCUCUGGUUUUCAUGAGUAAGUUUUCAGUAGAAGCAUGUGCUUGACAUGCUCAGAGGCAUGGCUGAGCUGCACCCGGCCUUGGUUGGGUUUGGGAUGCCCGGGGGAGGCAGCAUCUGGCCACGAGUGCUGGCCUGCCUGGUCAGUCUCAGGCUAGGGUGGUGCCUGGCCGGCGAGGGUGGGCUCGGGUAGCCCAGCUGAGCCUCGUCUGCAUCAGGGCUCGAAUCCUCGUGGUGCGUGGACACCUCACUCUUUCAGACUAUCAGCGGCACCUGGAUUGGCUCAGUAUUUGUGGAGAUGGUGUUACCCUGAAGUACCAAGCUUUAUUCUAUAAUUAUAAAUUACAAUCUUUAUGUGGUUUAAUAUAAUAUAGUUGAUAAGCUAUCUAAUCUGUUCUCCCUCCCCCCCGCCCCCCAGGGACAGAACUUUUGUGAAAAAUGUAAGUUUUGCUUUCACUUAAAAAUCAAAAUUUUCUGUUGAGAAAAAACUCAGAGGACACAUAAGACUAUGCAGACUGUUAGACGUGUAUUCCUCCCAUUACCUCAUCAAUAAUAUUCACAUUUUGGUAGAUACUUAACUCAUUAGGGUGUUUGAAUUGAAUUUUACUCUAGAUGUGUGUGAAUAUAUUGGAGAGGCUUUGUCUUUCACUGUGAAAUGCAAUGGUGCCUCAAAUAAUAAGGAACCUAGAAGCCAAAUGAAAAUAAUGACUUCCUGUUGGCUUGGAUGCUUCACUUUAUGUUACUUGAUUUUCAUGCAGCUAACAAGAGGAAAUGCCUACCAGUUCAUUCUUGAGCAUGUUUAAAAGCACAACUUCAGACACGUCAGUUGUACAAGGCAGUUAGUGUCUGUGUCCGUCAAACCGCUGGCAGAUCGCCUGUGAUGAGUUUUAACAAUACUCAUGAUCUCUGCAUUUUUGAGAAUGUUCUAGUCUUAGUGAACUUGAUCUGGGCUUCUGGGUCUUAACUACCCCAUUGAUAAAAAAAAAACUCAAAAACGUGCAUUUAAGUUGCUUUCUGUCCCAAGGCCAUAUUAGACUCUACCUUCAGACUGUCUUGCAGGUUUAGAGGGAUCAUAGCAUCAGAGAAGUAAAGCUUUCAAAGAAACAGUACUUCAGGAAAUGUAGAUGAUCGGCGAACUUUAAAAAUACAUUUUUUUGUUGCAGCAUCCAACUAUAGUUGCCCAGAGUUUUAAUUCCGUUUUUCAUUCUUGCUCUUGGUUGGGUGACAUCAGUAGAAUUGAAAUUGAGUUGAGACCAAAAUGAAUUCAGGAGGAUAAUUUACUUAGAGGGGAAUCUCUAAAAUGGUAAGAGUAUUUCUGAAGAAGGAAGAUGAUAGGAACUACACUUUGCUUACUUUCUAUCCCAGGAUUUAUUGCAAGAGUUCCGUGGUUUUGGAGCCCUCUGGUCUUAGCAGAAAGAAGAUACCUGCCUCGAACAGGUGUGGCUUAUACCUUUGAGCUCAUUUAAGGUGCAUUAAACCUAAAAAGACUUUCCCUGUAGCAAGUUCCAUGGAAUUAGCACUGCUCCUUCUGUCUUCCCCCUCCUCACCUGCGUUUACAGCUUCCAUUGAUUUCACUCAAUUAGAAUUGUGAUGGUGGCAGUUGAGAAUAAGAUGUCAGUCUUGAAAUGUCAGUUCCUCUUCCUUGGAGUUCAGCAUAUCUGAAAACACCUUAAAGGCACAGAACAGGAUUGACCCUGCUCUCUACAUAGAGCCAUUUACACUUUUAUUAUACUGUUGUACAUUCGAUUAAUAUCUGAAGUUUUCUUUGAUUGUGGAAAUAGACAUCCCCUUGGUAUUCUGUCAUUCUUUUUCCCUCCAGUUCUAGGGCUUGUCAAGUAAAAUCUCAGACCCCUUGAAUCUCACCCCACUGUCAGAAAAAACACCCUUGUUGGUGUUUGUGUGCUUGUUUUUCCCUUGUUUAUUUUUCACAGGUCUGUGUUAGCCUUCUGCCCUCUUCCCCUCAGGGUGCUCUUUUACCUAGGAGCCUGUUGUCCCCUUUCUGAGGCGCUUCCAGGUGGUGACUGCUAGGUGCCGUCUCAGCUUUGAGCAUCCGGCUUCCUGACGUUGCAGCAUAGACGUCAGACAUACCUCCUCCUGACUCUGUCUCCUUUGGGGUGGUAAAGUUUGAUCUCAUUCCUGUCUGUCUUUCUAAAGCAAAACUUUGCAGGUACUCCCCCUUUGAAAGCUAGACAGUUAUUUUAAAAAAUGCAAACCUCCAGGGAAUUUUAGUUGUACGCGUACACAAAAAUACAUGGAUCCAUUUUUUAAAAUGA